AGCAUCUUGCAGCUGACUAUAAACAUACGCGAGUAGUCCUUCGCUUUGCACGGUGAAAAUAAAUUGCUAGAAAUGUCCUCCAAUCAUCGAAUAGUGUGCUACUACGGUAGCUGGUCGGUGUAUCGACCAGACGCGGGCAAGUUCGACGUCAGCUUCAUCGAUCCGCAUCUUUGCACUCAUCUGGUCUACACUUUCGUCGGCAUACAGGAAGACGGCGAGGUGCACAUCCUCGACCCCUGGAACGAUCUGCCGGACAACGGAGGUAAGGAUGGUUUUCGCAAAUUCAACGACUUGAAGAAGGACAAUCCCGCGCUGAAGACGAUGGUGGCGAUCGGUGGCUGGAACGAGGGAUCGUCCAAGUACUCGCAUGUGGCAAAGAGCGAGGCUCUGAGAGAAAAGUUUGCCGAUAACGCCGUGGCUUUCGUCAAGAAAUACGGUUUCGACGGUUUCGACAUGGAUUGGGAAUAUCCGUGCCAGCGAGGCGGAUGCUCGGAUGACAAGAAAAAUUUCGUCUUGCUGCUGCGAGCAUUGCGUCGACGCUUCAGUCAGGAAAAUUUGAUACUCAGCGCAGCCGUGGCUUCGGCUGAAUUUUCGGCCGAAAAAUCCUACGAGAUCGAGCAGGUCGUGAAAGAGCUGGACUUUGUCAACGUCAUGUGCUAUGAUUUACACGGUGCUUGGGAUAAAAAAACCGGUAUAAAUGCGCCGCUCUAUGCUGGUUCUUGGGAAAACGAAAGCGAGAAGAAGCUCAAUGUGGAUGCGUGCAUCGAUUAUUGGUUGUCUCAGGGCGCACCGGCGGCCAAAAUCAACCUGGGCGUGCCGUUUUACGGUCGCGGCUUCACUCUGGCCGAUUCGCAGGUCAACGGCAUCGGCGCCACGGCCUGGUCGCCCUCGAACGCCGGUCCCUAUACCCGCGAAGCCGGCAUGCUCGGCUAUAACGAGAUCCUGGAAAAAUUGAAGAGCGGCGACUGGAGCGUGCAUCGGAGCGACGAGCAACGCGUGCCGUACGCCGUCAGUGGAAAUCAAUGGGUUGGCUACGACGACGAGCAGUCAUUGCAGGAAAAAGCUGAGUAUAUUAAGAAGCGGGCACUCGGUGGUGUGAUGAUUUGGAGCAUCGAAACAGACGAUUUUCGCGGAACAUGCGGCGAUAAGUUUCCACUGCUGUCCACGUUCAAUAAGCACUUGUUGAAAGAUGAAACAAAUGUUGGUUAUUGCAACGUCGUGUGACGUCGCGAAGAAAAUAUGCUUUUAAUUUUUCUUGAAAAAGA